AUGAACCGCUUGCAGCGAGAAGGCAAAACCUCACCCAGCUCCACCGCCCAGUCCCGCAGCUCCGGCUCCGUGCAGGCGCUCCCUCCAUUCGCUUUCGUUCAGCCGGAACGCCGGAAAAGGACUUUCCCGGGCUGUGUGAGCCGUAUCCACAACAGCACCACAGAGAUUCCAGAACAGUCUCUGAAGUCCUGGUAUUCGUUAUCAAAGCCAGAAGAAAGAAAUAAAAAGGCUGUGUCUGAGUAUUUCAUCCAAUACAAAGUAAACAGUUUUUCUUCCACAGUUUAUGGAGGCCCUCUGGGGGAAGCCCAUGUUAGGAACCGAAGAGGAAUUCUUGAACUAGCUGGAGCCAUCAGAUGCACUACAGGGCGGUCUCCUUUUGCCUACCUACGUUAUGGAUGCUACUGCGGGCUGGGAGGAAGGGGAUGGCCCAAGGACAGAGUGGACUGGUGCUGCUUUAACCAUGACUGCUGCUAUGGGAAGGCAGAGCAAGCAGGCUGUCACCCCAAGAUAGAAAGUUACCACUGGGAAUGCGAGGACAACACUGCUGUGUGUGAAUCACUAGAAGACAAAUGUCAAAAAAUGGCAUGUGAAUGUGAUCGUGAAGCUGCCAAAUGUUUUUCUAAAGCUCCCUACCAUACCAAGUACCUCCUGUGGCCAGAUAUUAUGUGUGGUGAGGUUCAACCUUUGUGUAGAUAUUAA